AUGUCAAUAUCAGUUGAGAGUAACAAUCUUAGUUUUGUUAACGAUUUGAAUCAUGGGAAAGAUAUGUGGAACAUGAAAGCGAGUAUUAUUCGAAAAUGGAAUCAAGGUUACAAAAUGAAUCUCAUCUUCAUUGAUAAAAAGGGUGCUAAGAUUCAAGCGGGUAUUAAAAGUCAUCUGAUACCUGUUUUUGAUGGACAACUUCAAGAAGGUGCUGCUGUGAUUCUGUCGAAAUUUGGUGUUGGUGAGAAUAAAGAUUUAUAUAAAGUUGCAGUACAUGAUUAUAAAAUCAACUUUUAUAGAUGCACAACUAUUACACCUGUGAGAGAUUGGCAAGGUGUUGAGUAUGGUUUCAACUUCAGAGCUUAUCAAGAUAUUCUUCAAGGAGAGGCAUUAAACACUUUGAGUGUUGAUGUUGCUGGAUCUGUGGUUUGGUGUAGAGAUCUUGAAUUCUUUAGUCGACCUCCAAAAGAAACUAAGAAGAUCAAUUUCGAUAUUCAAGACUUGGAGGGUAAAGUUUUGUGGUGUACUGUGUCGAAUGAUUAUGCUCUGCAGUUUAAGGAGUUCAUCUCUAAAAUCCCAGCUCAUGAGCAUGUAAUGGCUGUUAUACAGCAUGGAAAGUGUGAAUAUACAGUUCAAAAUGAUAAGUUUGUAACACGAAUGCUUCUGAAUGAAGAAAUCGAUGAAGUUAAUCAGCUAAGGAGGAGUCUUAUACUGAAAUUUGGACAAGGGAGUGGUUCUACUUCUCAAACAAUACUAUCGUCACGGAGCGUUUUUCCAUUGCAUAAAGAAUUUGUAACAGAUGGUGUGAGGAAACAUGUUGAUGAGAUUAGUGAGAUUGGCUUCCACAGCCUGAUGAAUCCCUUUUGA